UUUCCCAAGAAACAAACGACUCUUUCUCAUUCCAUCACUUCUUCAAUCAAACCCUCUUCGAGAUCAAUCGCUUACACCAAUACCCAAUUGUUGUAAUUCCCAAAUUAAGAACCGAUGAUUUCUUCAAUUAAACCGGUUUCAUCUUCCUUAACCGCAAUCGCCGGCGUAAGACGAUCAAUUCCGGCAAAGCUUCAAUUUUCACCCUUACCCAUUAUCGGAAACUUCCAAAAGCCUAAGCCUUUACCUCAGAAGCCUCUUUUAUCAUCUCAGAAUUUGUCGAAUUUCCCUUUGGCGGCGGCGGCGGCGGCGCAGAGGAGUGAUGUUUUUAGGGUUGGAGCUUACGAGGCUGAUCGGUCUCGUCCGAUUGAAAUCGGUAUCGACGUUCCUGACGAACAAUCGGGACAGAAGGUUAAGAUUGGGAUCUAUUUCGCGACUUGGUGGGCAUUGAACGUUGUGUUCAAUAUCUACAACAAGAAGGUUUUGAAUGCUUUUCCUUACCCGUGGCUAACUUCAACGCUUUCUCUUGCUUGUGGCUCUUUGAUGAUGCUUGUCUCUUGGCUAAAUGGUGGUGAAUUACUUCGUUUGCUUAUCUGUGAUGUCUGUUCUCAUUGUUACUCCUUUUACAAAAUGCCGUCAUUGGACCAAACUUCGUCUGGCGAAGCAAAUGAGGAAGUUGGAUUGGUUUUCAUUGGGGAGUUUGAUGCACCAAUACUGAGAGCAGAGGAUAGUAGAAGAUUCAUUCAUGUGAAGAUCUCAAGAGGAGACGUUGAACUCGAAAUGGCUAGCGAUGGCUUUCCGUCGUGGCUUACAAUACUGGACAAGAAAUUUAUAAGUUCCACUCCCGAGCUCCUCAAGAUGAACGCCGACAUUGUAGUUGCCAAAGAUGGGACCGGAAACUACACGACGGUGAGCGAAGCAGUUGAUGCGGCACCUGAGAACAGCAAGAGAAGAUUUACCAUCUAUGUUAAAGAAGGCGUUUACAAUGAAACAAUUGAAAUUGGGAAAAUGAAGACGAAUUUAACGCUCAUAGGCGAUGGUAGAGACGCAACCAUUCUUACUGGCAGUUUAAAUGCUAAGGAUGGAUACCCCAUCAUGAAAUCUGCCACGCUUGCCACUAACGCGGACGGAUUUAUGGCGCUAGACGUUUGGUUCCAAAACACGGCUGGGCCAGAGAAGGGACAGGCUGUGGCUCUCCGCGUGACUGCCGAUGUUUCAGUCAUAUAUCGAUGUCGCAUAGAUGGCUACCAAGACACACUUCUGGCUGACAAGUAUCGACAACUUUAUCGCGAUUGUUACAUCACAGGAACAAUUGAUUUCAUCUUUGGAGAUGCUGCAGCAGUGUUCCAAUACUGUGAUAUUGUGGCACGAAAGCCUAUGAGCGGACAGAGCAACGUGUUGACAGCUCAGGGACGCAGUGAUUCGACCCAAAACUCUGGCUUCUCGCUACAAAAGUGUAAUAUAACAGCGAGCUCGGAUUUUGCUCCGAUCAAAGGCACAGUAAAAACAUUCUUAGGACGUCCAUGGAAGAUGUUCUCCACAGUGGUAAUAAUGCAGUCUUUCAUAGACGAUCUUAUUGAUCCGGCAGGGUGGACUCCAUGGAACAACGAUGUUGGACGUUUAUCGACAUUGUUCUAUGCUGAAUAUGAGAAUAAGGGUCCUGGAGCAGACACUAGCAAAAGGGUUAAAUGGCCGGGAUACAAAUUGAUUACUGAUCCGAAAGAGGCAGCGGAAUUCACGGUGGAAAAUCUCAUUAACGGGGAGUUGUGGCUUAAUUCUACGGGAGUGCCUUACGAGAAAGGACUCUAAUGACUUGUGUAUGUUAUAUUGUUAUGUUAGGUACUAAUCAGCAUAAUGCUAUUAAAUAAAGGUAAUUAAUCAUU